AUGAACAUCUUUCGUCGAUCUAUGAGCUUCGGCUCCUCACACUCAUCACGUCCUUCCACCGUCGACUCGGCAUCCGAUACCGCAAGCUCUCGAACGAGCAUAGAUUCUACCUUUGAAGAGUACGAGAUUACAGACUCCCUGGCUACAAUCAAACCCUCACUACCGUCACCGAAAGCUCCAGUACUUACUCUCCCACUCGAGCUGAUCCAACAAGUCAACACCUAUCUCGACACUGCCUCCGCAGCAGCCUUCUGCCUAUCCGGGCGAUACAUCUACUACGCUCUCGGCACCGAAAUUCUGUCUCGCCAUGUCAAGGGAAGCAAAAACCGAUUUGAGAAGAGGAAGAUUAUCGAGGCUGUAGUAGAGCGCGCCUUUCCCGGUCAUUGGUUCUGCGGCUGGUGUGACAAAUUCCACGCCUGGACCGCAGAAGACGGGCCAAAGAACCAGCAAUAUUCGAGAAAGAGAAGAGAUUGUGCCGACUACAACAGCUACUUGGACGCUGGAGACGGUUAUAAACUACGCUUUCAUCACGUUCGACUUGCCAUCAACCGCGCGUCACGGGGAGACGAACACGGCAUUCCACUAUCUGCGUUUACCCAUGAGAAGAAAGACAUGGCGCGCAUCUCCAGAACGCCCGUUCCGACUAAACUCACCGUGUCCGCUAGGAUAGUCAACGGUCGAUUCUUGUUGCACAGUUCUUAUGCCAUUGUCCUGCCCGCCUUUACGACGCGUAAUCGCAACCUUUUAAAGUCGCUCUGGCCUCUCCUCCCACACAUUGUCACAGGCCACCGCGAUACACCAAACGGCCACACAGGUAUCAUGGCCGCCAUCGACAACGUCAUCCGCCGAGGUUGGAAGUACCAGUUCACGCAGAACUGCUCCACUUGUCAGGUUGGUGGUGCAGAGUUGGCGGGACCUGGGUACGGGAAGGACGCCGUUCGAGACGGGAUGGAGGGCACAUGGCGUAGGAAGCUGUGCUGA